AUGGACGCUACCAAUUCAACCCCUCACGAAAAUGUGGUUACUAUUUUGGCCCAUAAGCUUCUUGAACCUGAGGGUCCAAACAUCAUCGACGAAUACAUGCAGGCUACCAAUACUAUUUUAGAACAUGGGAAACGACUUUGUUGUUUAUUCCUGACAGAUAACUUAACCCGUGGUUAUCCCGCCAUCAUAAUUAAAAUGGAACUAUGUGGUCCAACCCUGCAGACAUGGUUACUCAAAAACGAUAAAAAACCUGAACAAGUUAGCAAUGUCGAUAUAGACUUUACGCUGCGCAAACAAAUUACACUUGGGAUGAUUUCUGGCCUAAAAUUUCUCCAUUCCAAGAAUAUUCUGCACCGAGAUUUGAAACCUGAAAAUAUUUAUUUUUCCCACGUCAAGGACUCUGACGAUUUGUUCCAAUGCCCUAUAAAACUUGGAGACUUUGGGCAAUGCCGUAAAGUCCCGGGUGAUGCCACCAUGACACAAACGGCUCAAGUAUGGUCGGAACAGUACCGAGCUAGAGAAGCUAAAGAAUUCGAUGAACUAGGGAACCUCCGGUACGGGCCGAAUGCUGAUUGGUUUUCUGUGGGACUUAUUAUUUUUGAAAUGUUCCACCUGAUUCCCAAGACAGUGCUCAAGACAAAAUUUGCUGACCUAAUUGGAAAAAAGGGUGUUGGUCUGGUAAACGAUUUUCCUGACAUGCCAAAUCUGAAAGAUAUCAUAAUCGGUUUAACCAGAAAAAUGUCUGACGCUAGGGUGCCAACCAUCAAAAAAAUUCGUGACGAUAAUUUUGUUAUGUUUUAA